AUGUCAGCGCUAGGCAAGUUCGUGCUGAUCGAGUCUCGAGGGGGCGCUUUCUUGGGGCCGUGGACAUGCCUGACACCUUCGAUUGCUCGUUGUGCGAGUAUUCGGCUCCAGAUCUUCUGGCUUUGCAUCAACACCUUGUUUCGCACGUGCCUGGGCAUAGGCAUGCCGCUCGAGAAGCCGAAGUGGGCGCUGAAGCGCGGCGCCGACGAGCAAAGUCAGGAGCGGAAGAAGUUGCUGACGCAGAUCGGCGCCGGCGGCAGCGGUGCCAAGCAGCAGCUCCUAGAGCGCACGAUGAAAGUGCUCGCCGCGCUGGCUCUCGCGCAGGAGGCCGAGCGUCGAGACCUGAUCGCGGCG